GUGUACCCUAAAACUAUAAACGAGUAAAUUGUGCCUUCUUAAAUGGAAGCUGGCUUGUUGUUGUGUGAACGUGCUGUCAGUUACUUGCUAUAAAAAGUAACGUUAUGUUUAUUUGUGCCAACAAAAGCUGCGAGAGUGCAUUGUUUUUAUACUUAUUCACUGUUAGCCUGCCUGCUAACGUUAGCUAGCUACAACUUCUCAGCUGUAUCAUAAACUGUGCGAUUAGGUAAUUUCACACUUGGUUGGGUCGUUGUCAUGCACAAACAACCCAACCCAACCACAGCCAGGGUUAGCACAUUAGCUGCUAACGUAACGUCAGCUAAGCUUUCUUUUCCCCUGGUUUGCCAACCCACUGAAUGGCUUCUGUAACUCGUUUGCUUUUAGUUAACUUACACCUUAAAAUCCACACAGACCAUUCUUCUGGAGCACACUGUGUGUUUAUUGGGCUUGAACUUUUUUUGUUAUAUCAAACAUGAGAAAGUACCACAACGUGGAUAGAAUAUAUGAACAAUUUAUGAUUUACAGUGUGACUGAAAACAUAAUUGAGAAGUCCCGAUGUGCUGGUUUUCAUGCUCCUAUGAUUGUAACUUGAAGAUUUUAGAGUUUGGGACUGCUGGUCAGACAAAACAAGCUAUUUGACGCAAUCAGCUUGGGCUCUGGAAACCAUUUUUCACAAUUUCUUUUCAUAUAUUUUGUUUACCAAACAACAGAUUAAUUAGUAAAAUGAGAAUCAGAUUUAUCAAUAAUGAUAAUAACUGUUAAUUGUUGCCACAUUUGGGUUAAAGCAGCUUCCAAAGUAUAAAUCACAACCAGGCUUUAAUGUCAGCUGCCUGCACAUUGUCAAAAUACUCUAACUGACUGACAUUGUUGUAUUUUCAGGUUAACAAUGACACCAGACCCGGCUGCUGGAUAGCUUUCUGUUGAAAUAUGUCACAGUGUGGAGCAAAGGUCAACAUUUUCUCUUACAUGCUAACAGCAGCAUGUAGUAUUUCAACUGUCAUGGUCCUGUUACAUGGUUCAUUCUCACCAGUUUGAUUGAAGUUUUUUGUUUGUUUGCUCCAGUCGGUAGCUUUCUACUUCAAAACAAAUACUCACAUGGUGAUUUGAGACAGCAAAAACAAACAAACAAAAAGUUAAGUUCUGCAUCACAGAGUGGUCCUGCAAACCAGCUGACACAAUGGUGGUAGAUGACACAGCAGGAAGUGGGGAUGGAUCAGAGGGGGAGAAAGAGAUGGACCUAAAGGGGCCUGUGUCUGAAUAUGGCGGGGGACAUGAAGACGGAGACGCAGGCAUGGCUGUCUCCGUUUCUGAGGCCCCGUCUCCAUCAGAAGGUCCCCCGGGGGAAGCUGUGGAGGCCAGAAAGUGGAAGUGGGCCGUGAUGAUCUUGUGUGUCUAUGGGUUUAUGGCAUCGAUAAAGCCUGGGGAGCCCUUCAUUACACCAUAUCUACUCAGCCCUGAGAAGAACUUCACCAGGGAACAGGUGACCAAUGAGAUCACACCUGUGAUGACGUACUCCUACAUGGUCGUGCUGGUGCCAGCCUUCCUGCUGACAGAUCUCAUGCGCUACAAGCCGGUCCUGAUCAUCCAGGGCAUCAGCCAGGUGGUUAUCUGGGUCAUUCUGCUCCUGGGCAACACCCUCCUCGCGAUGCAGUUCAUGGAGUUUUGCUACGGCAUCACCAUGGCUUGCCGCGUGGCCUACUCCUCGUACAUCUUCUCCCUGGUCAGUCCAGUCCUCUACCAGCGUGUGGCCGGAUACUCGCGCUCCUCUGUCCUGUUGGGGGUGUUCACAAGCUCAGUGCUGGGCCAGCUGUGCAUGUCCUUGGGCAACAUCAGCUUCUACACUCUCAACAUUAUAUCUUUGGGUUUUGUCAGCUUCGGUCUGCUGCUAUCACUGUGUCUGCCCUGGCCUAAACGCUCCCUGUUUUUCAACCGGAUGCGGGACCAGGAGCAAAGGGAAAUGGCAGCGGCAGCCACCAAAUCAGAACUUGACCAAAUGAACCCAAAAGAGAGCGGUUUGUCCUCGGCAGCCCCCCCGUGCUCUGCGUCACGCUGGAGAGAUUUUGCCUUGGUGCAGAUGCUGCUUGAGGUGAGAAAUGUGGUGAAGAUGCCUAACCUGAGACUCUGGUCCCUGUGGUGGAUAUUCAACUCCACAGGGUACUACCUGGUGCUGUUCUACGUUCACAUCCUGUGGAACAAAGUCUACCAGGCUACCGAGAACAAGAACGUUUACAACGGGGGAGUGGAGGCAGCUGCUACCCUGCUGAGUGCAAUAAUAUCCUUCGCAGCAGGCUUUGUGAAAAUCCGGUGGAACCUCUGGUCUGAGCUGGUCAUCGGGGUCAUCACAGGAUUGCAGGCAGGUCUGCUGCUGCUCAUGGGCAGCACAGACAACAUUUGGGUCUGCUACGUCGCCUACAUCCUCUUCCGAGGUUUCUACCAGUUUCUGGUGCCUAUCGCCACUUUCCAGAUAGCCUCCUCACUCACCAAGGAGCUCUGCGCCUUAGUGUUUGGCAUCAACACCUUCUUGGGGACCAUUCUGACGACCAUCAUCAGCCUGAUAUUUUCUGACAAGAGAGGCCUGGGGUUGGACGUGCACUCUCAGUUCCUGGUGUACUUCAUUUACCUCACCAUUCUUACUGUUGUCUACUUCGUCUGCGCUGCUGUGGUCAUCAUCCGUCACUAUAGGAACCAGGCCAGGGGAGGAGGCGGGACUGAACAGACACCGCCCACAGAGCUCAGUCCUGUGGCUGCAAAUUCAGAGGCAGAGCCUUUGUCUAACGGCAAAAGUGCCCAAGACCAACCUUAAACUGUUUUCCAACAACCUCUUAUCUAGAUCCUAGUUAUUUUGCAAAUCAGCUCUUUAGACUUAGUGGGAUCACUCAUUUUAACCCUCUGAUGUUGACAGAGCGGUUUGUUCAGUGUUAGCUGCUGAGUCUUAAUCAUAGAAGUGCCUCAUCUGCUACGUAAAGCUCCUGCACUGCACCAGCCAGACAGGCUGCAGGUGUCUCGUGUCUGACGUCUCAGGAGGGUUUCGUAUUUGUUUGUUGAUAAUCAGAUGUGAUUUGCUGUAAAGGUUUUUUUUUAUUUAAUAGUAGCACUAAGUGGUACUAUGAUUUCAUAUUGGGCAAAUUAUCUUUAACAGAGAGGGGCCAUACAUGUAAUGGCCAGAAUUGAGCUUUUUUUGUGUGUAUUUUGUACAGAGGAAACAAACUAGGAGAAUUUGCACUUCUGCAAUGUGCUGAACUGUCCUGUUUCAGUGACAGUGAUUUGCCCUUCAAACAAAGGCUCAUGAUUACUAUGUGAUCACUAAAUAUUACUUUUUAAAACAGUUGGUGUUUUCACAUUUAAUUUUUUUUAUCACUGACACUCUUAUUGUACCCAAUGUUACAUGUCUUUGAUUACAUGUUAAUUGACCAUAUCAGUAUAAUUAACAGUAAAAUCUUCUUCCUGUUUGUGCUGAUAAUGACAUUCUUCUUUAUAAAACCAGAUUAGGAAGGAUAUCUUCUUCUCCAGCCUCUGUAUCAAUAAACUGCAGAUUUUAUGCAGUGUUAUAUAAUGUGAUUACAUUUUAAUGAGUUUAUUGUUGCUGGCAGGUAGAAGCAGCAGCAUCAGUAUAUUUUGAAAUUAUUGCAUUUGAUACGUUGAAACAGGCUACAGAAUAUAUUGCUUAGCAAAAAUCGCGUGAAAGUAUUUGACAUUUGUACACAGAUAUUUGCUGCUUUUUUGACAAUUAGUGUAAAUGCACAUUACUGAAUUUGGUUAUUAAAAAUGUGAUAUUUCUAUUAAGUGUUAAUUUUCAGCAGCAUGUUGGGGGAAGGUGUCUAGCAGGGUGGAAAACAAAUCUCUAGUCAGUCAAUGUCUUACUGCCAAUCCUGCCUGUGAGUUUGUCUGACGGCCAUUUUGGUAAACAACCAACCACCAAAAAGGGCUGCAAUUCCUAAAAACCUGUCUUUGUCUUUAUUUUCCGCCCUAGAAUGGCUGUUUUUACUUUGAUUAAAAGAUUAAAAUAGGGACACAGUGUUACAUGUUGCAUCAGGAACUACAGUGCAAACAUCCUAGUAGAUUUUAAAAAUGUCCACUUGUUCACACAGCAGGUGUGGCCCUUUCUUAUAAUAGACACAUCACUAGGAACUGAGUUUUGAGUUGGAUUGUACUUAAAUCCAGAAUGUAUGGAUAAAAAAAAUUAAUAGAAAUAACUGCUGAGAAAUGACGUAACUGUGAACCUGUCUGAAUGCUGUAAUAAAACGCUGAAUUUAAUCAGGUGUUUAUUUUCUAUUCACAAAUAAAUUACGUUUGGUGGAUAAACCA